UUCACUUUUCCCAGCCCAACGGGCCCAACGUCAGUAUCAUCAUUUGCUAAUGGCGUCUGCCAAUUCUGUUGGCUGUCGGUUCUCGGUUGGUUAAAAAAGUGACGUUUUAUUCUGUUUAUAUUGUGAUUGUUGAACUUAUACAUUAAAAGAGGGCAAAAUGCCUGCGGUGCGCGGAGAUGGCAUGCGAGGACUCGCUGUCUUCAUUUCUGAUAUCAGAAAUUGCAAGAGCAAAGAAGCUGAGAUAAAGCGAAUCAACAAGGAGCUGGCCAAUAUACGGAGCAAGUUCAAAGGCGACAAAACCCUCGACGGUUACCAGAAGAAGAAGUAUGUUUGCAAGCUGCUGUUCAUAUUUCUGUUGGGUCAUGACAUCGACUUUGGCCAUAUGGAGGCUGUCAACCUGCUCUCCUCCAAUAAAUACUCCGAAAAACAAAUUGGUUACCUGUUCAUAUCCGUUUUGGUGAACACUAACAGCGAUCUGAUCAAAUUGAUCAUUCAAAGCAUCAAGAAUGAUCUUGCAUCCAGAAACCCGAUUCACGUGAACCUGGCAAUGCAAUGCAUCGCCAACAUUGGAAGCAAAGAGAUGGCUGAAGCUUUCGGCUACGACAUUCCAAAGCUUCUUGUCUCAGGCGACACGAUGGACGUAGUGAAGCAGUCGGCUGCCCUCUGUCUACUGCGUCUGUUCCGCACCUCGCAGGAGAUCAUCCCGGGCGGCGAGUGGACGUCACGCAUUGUGCACCUACUCAACGACCAACACCUGGGCGUCGUCACGGCCGCCGCCUCCCUCAUCGACGCCCUCGUCAAACGCAACCCCGACGAGUACAAGGGCUGUAUUAGUCUUGCCGUGUCAAGGCUUAGCAGGAUUGUGACAGCAAGCUAUACAGAUCUUCAAGAUUACACGUAUUAUUUUGUUCCUGCACCAUGGUUAUCUGUUAAAUUAUUGAGAUUAUUACAAAAUUAUACUCCACCAGAUGAUCCGGGGGUUAGAGGUCGUCUGAAUGAGUGCUUGGAAACGAUUCUGAACAAGGCGCAAGAACCACCCAAAUCAAAAAAAGUUCAACAUUCCAAUGCGAAAAAUGCUGUACUCUUUGAAGCAAUCAGUCUAAUUAUACAUAAUGACAGUGAGCCCCAGCUACUAGUCCGCGCUUGCAAUCAGCUGGGUCAGUUCCUGUCCAACAGAGAGACGAACCUGCGGUACCUGGCGCUGGAAUCGAUGUGCUCUCUCGCCACCUCAGAACUGUCACACGAGGCUGUCAAAAAGCACCAGGAAGUUGUCAUUUUAUCCAUGAAGAUGGAGAAAGAUGUGUCAGUACGGCAACAGGCUGUUGAUCUUUUGUACGCCAUGUGUGAUAAAAGCAAUGCUGAGGAAAUAGUGCAGGAAAUGUUGAACUACCUAGAAACCGCCGAUUAUUCUAUUAGGGAAGAAAUGGUGCUGAAAGUGGCUAUUCUAGCCGAGAAGUACGCAACGGAUUACACGUGGUAUGUGGAUGUGAUCCUGAAUCUGAUUCGAAUAGCGGGCGACUAUGUGUCUGAGGAGGUGUGGUACAGGGUCAUACAGAUUGUCAUCAACCGAGAUGACGUGCAAGGAUAUGCUGCUAAAACUGUUUUCGAGGCUCUACAAGCACCAGCUUGCCAUGAGAAUAUGGUGAAGGUGGGUGGUUACAUACUGGGCGAAUUCGGAAACCUAAUCGCUGGUGACCAGAGGUCCGCCCCCAUUGUGCAGUUCCAACUACUACAUUCCAAAUACCACCUUUGUUCACCGAUGACGCGAGCGCUGCUGCUAUCGACCUACGUGAAAUUCGUGAACCUGUUUCCGGAAGUGAAGUCGGUCGUGCAGGAUGUGUUCCGCCAACACAGCAACCUGCGCAGUGCAGACGCUGAAUUGCAGCAGCGCGCAUCCGAGUAUCUCCAGCUCAGCAUCAUUGCAUCCACUGAUGUGCUGGCGACAGUGCUGGAAGAGAUGCCCUCAUUCCCCGAGCGAGAGUCGUCUAUCCUGGCAGUGCUGAAGAAGAAGAAGCCGGGUCGGGUGCCUGAGAACGAGAUCAGGGCUUCGGCAGCCAGCGCCAAUGCUGCCACCAACCAUCACAACGAUCAUAGUACAUCGUCGGUGCCGUCAGCGGCAGGUGCAGCGACUAACAACAGUAUGUCGGCCGACCUGCUAGGCCUGUCCACUCCGUCUGCCCCCUCCAACACAGGAGUGCUGGUCGAUGUGUUGGGUGACAUCUAUGGGUCAUCCUCGCCGCAGCCAGCCGCCAAUGCUAAUGCACAGCAGAACAACUACAAUCCCAAAAAGUUUGUAUGUAAAAACAAUGGUGUCCUAUUUGAAAACGACCUGAUACAGAUUGGCGUUAAAUGUGAAUUCAGGCAGAAUCUCGGAAGAUUAGCACUGUUCUACGGAAACAAAACGUCAUUCCCACUACAGAAUUUCUCGGCCACCAUCCAAUCACCAAGUGACUGGGUGAAUAAACUGAACAUCCAGGUGAAACCUGUGGAUAUGCUGUUAGAGGCUGGUGCACAAAUUCAACAAAUGGUCAAUGCUGAAUGUGUUGAAGACUACCUUGAUUCGCCCACAAUGAACGUCACAUUUUUGUACAACAAUGUUCCGCAGAAACUGAAAAUGAAACUACCACUGACCAUCAACAAGUUCUUUGAACCGACUGAAAUGAAUGGCGAAUCAUUCUUCGCCAGGUGGAAGAAUUUGGGAGUUUCAAUCAGCAACCCGCAAAAGUCGCAGAAGAUCUUCAGAGCGGUGGGGCCAAUGGACCUGAUGGCGACUCGCACCAAGGUGCUGGGCUUCGGCAUGCAGCUGCUGGAUGGCAUCGACCCCAACCCAGACAACUUUGUUUGUGCCGGCAUCAUUCACACGCGCACCCAGCAGAUCGGCUGUCUGCUCAGGCUCGAGCCCAACAAACAGGCACAGAUGUACCGGUUAACAGUACGCUCGAGUAAGGAGUCCGUUUCACAGGAGGUGUGUGAGCUGCUCGCCGACCAGUUCUAAAACCAACACCCUGUUGGUUGUUGAUCUACAUAUUUAGAUUUAUCGAAACCAUGUUACGCAUGUAAGAGAUGUGUACUGUACAUUUAAAAAAAUGUAAUAACCAUUAUAACAGACUAAAAACAAAAGUGACAACUAUCUAUACAAAAUAUAUAAUAUCUAACGUUUCAAAAAUUAAAUCUAUACUGAAAUACAUUUUUUAUUUUGAUCGGAAUAUUUUUCCAAUUUAUUGUGAAGUUUCAAAUAGAUUGUUACUACCAUUCGAAGAUUCGGGUUCAAUAUUGAAUGGAAACGAGUUUAUUUUGUCGAAACCAAUAAUCUAUUGAAUCCAUUUGACAUGCUAGUUUCUGUUGUUACACCAUCAUAAAUCUCUAGUAAACUCAGAGAUAUCUGAUAAUCAGUCUCUAGUAAAGUUCACUAGAAAUUGAAGAUUGUGUAACAACCGAGACUAGUAUCUCAAGUUGUUUUUGAUAGAUUACUGGUUUUGACAAUAUUAUGUCGUUUCCAUUCUACCACCACAACACAGAAAGUUCUGGAUUUAAAGAGGUUAUUAGAAAUAUAUUUUCUGAUUUAUUAUGUCCCGUUGGUACAUAAAAUCCCACCAACCGUCUUGGAUAGGUACUAGAUUGCCUUUUAAAUCUAGUAGAAAUCGCUAUUGAUUAUGUAAGUAAUAGAUGUCUAGUCUAGACUAUGAAACUCUGGUGUUAUAUUAUGUGUUGAAAAGAUUUUGGUUGAUAUAUAGAGACUUGAAGAAAUAUUUGUUUUGAAUUCAACACUGUUUUCAAAGGGUAUUUGUAACAUGUUUUGUUUUAAAGUCACCAAUAAUUCUGGAAGGAUAGCUAUUAGAAAACUCCAAGUAUACAUUAAAAUUUCUGUGAGGUUAUUAUCUUGAGGUAGAAUUUAUUCUAUUUCGAAAGUCAGAGCUCUUUUGUAUAGGAAACUGUUAGAAAUACUAACUAGUGAUCAAUGGUAUAACAACAACAAGAAUAUUAAAAUUGAAAAUUAUCCCGUUGUCGUUUGGAAUUGAAUAUAAUUCUUUCCUGUCUUAUUCUGAUUAUAUUUUAGUUUUUCAAACUUUAGAAGUCAAUAUUUCACUUUUUGUCUUCAUUCCUGUGAUAUAAACUACCCAAUUAAAAUUAUUCGUUUUUUCAAGAAAUUUGGUUUUAUGAAGAUUGAGUAAACAAAAAGACUGGUCUUUAUUCCAUUUACUGCACUGCAUAUAUGUCUUGAAAACUAGUAUAAUGUGCUUAACGCUGGGAAUUAAUAUAUAUUAUCAAAUACAUGAAUAUUCCACUCACUUGAUACAAAACUUCUUUGUUCUGAACAAAAAAAAAUCUUGAGCUUUUCUACGUUGUACAGACUAUUUUUGAGCCUUCUUUGUAGAAACUAUUUACUUGGUUGAAUCAUGCUGGAAGAACUCGUAUACUGUCAUUAUUCUGUUAUUCUUUAGAAUUGACUUACAAUUUUAGCUAUUUGUUUUUAUACAACUUUUAUCGUGGCUUCAAGAUGUCCCACUAUUAACAGAUUACACAUAACCAGUGUGUUUUGCUGCUACGAAUUUUGUUUUCAUUAUUAAGAACAUUGAAGAAUAUGUCUUAGAUAAUUCAAAUGUUUUUUCUAUUCUAACUUUCACUGUGUAAUAUUUUUCAAUGUCCAGUUAAUUGUAAGAAUCAGAAUAAAUUAAUUUCAAGCCUGCAAUAUUAUAAUUUAAAAUGGUGUAACUAAUUUUCAAUCGUCAGUGUAAGAUUCUAAUCUAAACAAGAAAAUAACUUACUGCUUGUAAAUAGUAAUAUAUUGGAAAAUCUAUCAGUUGGAAGCUUACUGGUCACAGUAAAUUGUAAUUGUAGAAAUGAUCUUAGAUAUUGUUCCAUCGUAGUAUUGAACAUUUUCUGAAAAAAAUUCAGACGUAGAUUUGUAACUCUAGCUGAUUAUUCAAGAAAAAUCUAUAUUUAUGACAGUAUUUUCAAACGUCACAUUUAUUAAUAUCGUACGACCUAUCAAAACAACCCUAGCAGAAUAUCUUCUCUUAGCGUUGGAAGAAAAUUAUGUAGAAUCUGAACUAUUAUAAACUUCUUUGAAGAAUCGUUUUCAAUUUUUAUUAUCAACUGAAUAUAGAUUAUAUACCUACUUCUGUUGGUGAUUCAAACUGUUUAUAUAGACUGUAUUUCAGAAGAAAAUAUUAAUUAAUCGUUGAAUAAUAUAUUUAAUUUCCUACCAUAUAACUGUAUUAUAUAACUUGAGAAGUUGAUACCGUAAGUAGUAAGCCUACUGUUGUUACAUUGUAUAGCUUCAAAAGCUGAUUUCCUCUACAUUUUAGAGGAGAUAAGAGUGUCUAACUAUACAUAAUACUCUUCAAUAUAAUCAACAGCAUCAUUAUUGUAAUCAAUAUAUUUUAGGAUUGAGCUUAAGGUAAUAAAUUAUGGUGUGUGAGUACAUAUUUGUAAAUUAUAUGGAAGCGUGUAACCAUGUUGCAUUUAAAUAAUGUGCGGAAUUUUGAAAUUUUAAUAAACCUUCAUCAAUUUAAUGACAGGCUGUCAAUUUUAAUCGAAGCUUAAAAAUGGGUUGAGUGAAAAGUGAAAAUUCAGAAUUUCGAGCUCACUGAAAUCUAAAGUCUGCAAAAUAUUGUUGUACAAUAUUUUUGCUCGCGUUUAUAUCAUUUUAAGUAUGAAAUCUUUAAAAAAUCAAAUCCCUGUUUUGGGAAUUAAGUUAUUGUAAUCACACAUUUUUCUCUUACGUUAUUAGUGCUCUAUUACGGCCAAAUGAAAAUUAAAAUAACCUGACAAUAGAAUAAUAAAUUCUUCUAAAAACAAUAUUUAAAUAAAAUCGAUAAAACCAAACUGUAAUUAUCGACAUUUUUUAAAGGUAUAACUAUUUAUAUUGAUGGAGGUUUAGGAAAUUUUAGAAUUCGGACACAACUCAUGUAUAUUGGAUUGACUAUUCCCUGAUAUUUGCGACUUUUAGAAUGUAAGUUCCCUAUAUUUUUCAUUGAAUCUAUCUAGCUUUUAUUUGUUCCGUUUUACUUGUCAUGUUUAAGCACAAACGCCGUAUUUAAAAUAUUGUUUUUGUAUGUGAUUGAUUAUUCGAUUCAUAAUCAUGAUAAUUGGUGGAGACAUUUCGCCUUUUUUUACCCUUUACGGAGAUAGGGUAAAUACUCUCCAUAGCCUGAUAUUACUCCAUAGCCUAUCCAUACAAUUUUUCGAUAUAAGCAUAACAUCUUGGAAAAUGUGUGCGUUCAAUUGGAAUUCAAUAUUGAAAUUUAUACUUUUUUAGAAAUGAAAUGCUGGCAAUGUAAGCCUAUACAUUAUAAAUGUUUCAAGAUGAAUGUAUUACUUUGUUCCCAUUUUGUCUGUAUUCAAGUAAAUCUAUUGUUCUCUCAAAUAUAUUGUUUAGAAUGGAUGCACAUUUUUCAAAGUUAUUGAUAUCAAAAGAAGGCUUCUAAUUUGAAUGGAACUUAAUGGAAAACUCGAUUUCCAUCAAUAAACUCAAAUUAGAUGAAUCUCAUUUAAAUUGAAGAACAAUUCAAAUCUCACAUUUCUUCAAUAAUAUAAUUAUUACAAAUGAAAUGAUCAAAAUGGGAAUAAUAAUUAUUCUUGGCCCUGCUUAUGGAACAAAUUUGCUUAAAAUUUUUUAGUUUGUAAAUUAUCAAUACUCGAAAUAUUUUAUGUAUAUUAAUAAUAUCCAUUCCUUUAGAACGAAUGUAUGAUAAUGAUACGAUUCAAGUUCUUUGAUAUUUUUAGGAUUUAUAUUGAAGUACGUACUACUUAUCUGUUUUGUUUUAGUUUACUAUUACUAUUUCAAUUUCUUUAUUUUUAAAUAAUGUAUAAGGAAUCUCAAUACUCAUUAAUUUUCAAAAGUACUCAUGAUUUUUAAUAUCAAUGAUGUAAAAAUUAUAAAUAUAUUUAUCCAUUAUAUUUAUCUUACUACUUUUGAAUGUGUAUAGAUUGUUAUAAAUUUGGAAAUAUUUAAAAUUGAAAAUAUUUUAUCCUAACGUCAGAGUUGCCAACACAAUUUUUUUAUUUAUUGCAAUUGUUAUUGUUGAUAUUGUUAUCGUUAUUUAUAUAUAUUAUCAUUAUCAAACCCACUAUCUUGGCUGCUCUGAUGCUUUAUCUACCUGUAAGUUUUAUUACAUUAUUUAUAUUUAUUUUUUAAAACGUUUCUAAGCGCAUGGUCAUAUCUAGUUCGUAUUGAAUUUGUAUACUAUCAUCCAGUUAAGUAAAUUUGCUGUAAUCAUUACUGUAUUCAAAUCUUAUUAUUUAUGAUUUGUGUACUGUUAAUUUGGUAAGUAUUGUAAUUAAAAUUCACUUUGACAUAAGAAUACAGUCGUAGUAAACGUUUUAUUUGUUUAUUCACCCCAGUUUUAUUUUUUCAACUUUUGUGUAGAAUUUUGUUUUCAAGUACAGUAGAUUCUUAUUGGUAUAGAUUUCAUUUUUCAUUAACAUAAUAUCCUUCAUCAAACGAAAAUGAACGGGUUGAAACUUAUCAGAUUUUUGAAACUUAUUUAGAUUUUUUAUCAGAUCGUAGUAGAUUCGCGAAUAAAUGAAAUUUGUCAAGAUGUGACAUCUUUUCUCAAAUGUAUUCCAUUUAUUAACAGAGUCACUAAUUACCGCUUUUGAUAAAUUUUGUACACUAUUUGAGUGUCUUACAAAAUAUUGGUGAAAUUUGAAACUAUUUGAGAGAAUAAAGGAUCUAUAUAGAAAUUGUUGAAAUAUUUGAUCGUGAGCUGCUUGAAGUAGAUUAUCUUGUUUUAUAUAUUUCCCAACCUUUUAUAGUACAUUGUUUUGUGAUAAUAUGUCUAUUAUUCAAUCUACUUUUUCGAUUAUCGAUCAUAAAUAAAAACCUUUCCAACAAAUAAUCGCAAAUUUGCUUCUUUUUCUGAAGUAUAAAAUCCAUUAAUUGGUAUUUUAUGUUUUUCAAAUCAUAAAUUACAUCAGUUUCUCUAAAUAAAUCCAUUGGAUUAUUCAUGAUUAUAUACAUUUUUGAAAAUGUGUUGACAAAAAAUAUAUCAAAUCUUGACGCACUAACAAUCAUACUGGUUGAAUAAUAUAUAAUUGAUUCAGUUUUCAUAUCUACUAAUUAUAGAAAUUUUCCAGAUUUGCAGAUCCGGAAAUUGAAAAGGUAUUUUCCAAAAUUAUAUAAAAUACUUCAUUGAAUAAUAUUAGUACGAUACGCUGUUGUAUAAUGAGGAUAAAUUAUUAAUAAUAAAUUAGAAACGGUAACUGCUUAAAACUGUGCUGAAUAAUUCCAUGUAAAUAUUUUCCUCCCCUUGAUCAAAAUGAGGAAUACCGUUGUCCCUUAUAUUAUAUAUUAUCUAUUCUACUAUUUGUAAAACAUAGUUUAUAUUUUUUCAAUUUUCUUUCACUGCAUAAUCACUCUAAAAUCUAUUCAACUUAUUUCAUGUUUCAUUUUUAUUUGGUUCUCUUACUUAUUCACUCACUUCUGUUUAUUUUCAAAUUACUUUCCUAAUCUAGAAACCCAAACUGUUGUGUAGCUUAUCCUUAUUAACAAAAAUCUUCUAGACAAUUAUACUACUUGUAAAUAUUGGAUGUGUUUGUUGAUGUAAUGACAAUAAAGUGGAAGCUUAUGGUAAAUAAUACUGUAACGGGACAUUUUGCUGUUCAUGUUUGUCAAUAUGUAUGAUUAUAAUGAUAUAUUAUAAAUACAUUACAGUAAAUGAUGAAUUGAA